AUGAGUGGUCUCGCCGAUCCCCCAUCCUCCAGGACCACCUUCGCUGGGCCUGCAGAUGGCCCCGGCAAAACACGAAACCUCCCGGUUCUCUCCCAAUCUGCUCAACACUCCCCUGUAGCAAUGGAGAUCACGCCUCCUUCCUCCGCUGCAGCUAGCGGUGCGCCUAUCCACACCGGUCCCGAUGGCGACCGCACCGGCGCAUUCAACUCCAAUGGCGCCGAAGUCGGGCUCACGAGCAAUACUUCCCACCCGGCCGUUGGCGCAGCUGCAGCAGCUCAGCAACCCAAAGUGGUCCAGACUGCUUUUAUCCACAAGCUCUACAACAUGCUUGAGGACACCGGUAUCCAGCACUUGAUAUCUUGGUCAAGCACCAAUGAUAGCUUCGUCAUGUCGCCGACUUCUGAGUUCUCCAAAGUCCUAGCCCAGUACUUCAAGCACACCAAUAUAUCGUCCUUUGUUCGCCAACUGAAUAUGUACGGGUUUCACAAAGUGAGCGACGUCUUUCAUACUGGCUCGCCGGAUUCUGCGCUCUGGGAGUUUAAACAUGGGAAUGGCAAUUUCAAAAGAGGUGAUUUGGUCGGCCUUCGCGAGAUCAAGCGUCGUGCAUCUCGACAUGCUUUGAUCCACCGCGACUCCUUCCCAGGCCACAAGGCUGCUGCGUCGCAACCAGGCACGCCCGCGGAACCGGUCCCGGAUGCGACUGAAGCUAGGUUGAUGAACCUCGAAUACAAUCUUCACGACAUGCAUGCUCGUCUGGCUCGCGCAGAAGAAGGCAAUGUGGCGUUGAAUUCGAAAUGCCAGAACAUGGCUGAAGGUCUCGCCAAAUGCUACCAAUGGACACAUUCCAUCUCUCGCUUUCUUCAAGGGGUCGUGCCCAACCAAGAUAGCCCCCUCUAUCGCGACAUCUUGAACAUGCAAAGAGAAGUUGAGAAACAUCUCGAGGCAGUCCGUGCCAUGGACGCUUCUCAUGAUACCCUCAUGCCACCUCGCCAACCAUUCUUUGGGAACUUGCCAGUUGAAUCUGGACCCCCCUUGUCCCCUCGCCAGUUACCUCAAGACGAUAGCCGGCGCCAGUCUAUGAUUCGGCCACCCGUCCCCCCUCAUCUCACCGUUUCCCCUCGCCGCUACGGCUCCAUCGGAGGUGCCAAUGCUCCUAUUCCUAAUUAUAAUCGGCUGCAGCCUCCUUCUGGAGCUGCUGCUGCUGCUCCGCCACCGCAACCACAACCGGCACCUCACCCUCUCUCCAUUUCAACUCCUCCCGGGGUCCCUAAUUUGGGCCGCCGUCACACGUUUGCGGACAUUCGGCAAGCCGACUGGCCUCCCACGGGUACCUCUCCAUUCCCACCUGGUAGCACGGGUGGUGCUGGUGCUGGUGUUGGUGCUGGUGCCGGUGCUGGUGCUGGCGGUGGUAGUGGCCCUUGGCCUUCAUCUCCGCUCCGGAUACCAACCAGCAGUGAGCAACAAGUUCGGGAUGUGCUAGCUCAGUACGAGAUGGGUGCUCCUCGACGCCUCCAAGACCAAUCUCGCCAUGCGACGCCACCAGCCGGAGUCGAGCCAUCUUCGUCGAUGCUUAGUGUUGACAAUGGCUGGUCUCUAGCCGGCUCGAGGUUCCCUCGUCAAGAAUCCUCCCUACCAGCAACUCGCCGUUCGAGCAUGGCUAGCAACGUUCACUCCCUGCUGAACCCUGCCGAUACCGCCGAAAGACCGGACGAAGACCAACAAGAGGACCGUAAGCGAAAACGGUUGGAAUGA